AUGCGAAAAAGCCGUUCUUUACGAAUUGUGUUGCAGAAUUUCAACAAGAUCAUUUCGGCAACAUCAUUGCGCAGCACCACCUCUUUGAGCGUUUGCCCUUCAUCAAUAACAUCCCUUCUCGGAAGGACACUUUCAAAUAACAACAACAAUAAUGUGUGUCCGAAGGAUUCAUCAUCAUCAUGGGUGAUGCAAAAAAAAGAAUAUCAUUCGAAUAGAUUUAUUUUAAAUUCUUCUGUGUCAUCAUCGGAAAAGGGUGCAGAUUAUUUAACAAGCAAGAGCAUUUCCCUAGGAGUCGAUGAAUCUGGUAUUCCUCUUUCUCAAUCGUUCCUAAAACCCACAAUUUCGUAUGAAGAAUUUAUUUCUAAAUGUAGGGCCAUGGAAUUAGGUGAAGUGCAAGCAACAACCGAAAAUGUUAAUGAUUUAUAUCUUUAUGUCAAAUAUGACAGAAUUUCUGGUUUAUCUCACUGUUCCCGAGAACAAAUUGAAGGUCUCUACAAGUAUGCUUUUUUAAAUUGUUAUAGAUUUGAAUCUUCCUUUGAUAGAUCACUUUGUGCUCAGGGUCUAUAUGACAAAUUGAUGGAAAUAUUAUUUCAGAGAGAAUUAAAAGAAUUUGAUCUCUCGUUGUUGGAAGGAAAAAAUAAGGUGCACUUAAAGCCUGAAGAUGUGAUACCCGUAACAUUUAACGACACUGACCUCUAUGUCAUUUUAAUUGAUAUUUACUCUGAAAACAACUUCCCUGAGCAAACAUUUGAACUCUUUGAAUCUAUGAAAAAGCAUUUUCACAUUCUUCACAAGCAAGAAGAAAUCUUACAAGGAUUGGCAAGUGCAAUGGAUGACGAUGGAGCAGAUACAGUAAUUCAUGAAAAUUCUUCAUCGCAGAGAUCAGAUACUAGUAGAGAAUCAGAAGAGAUAGAGGAUUCCAGUGAAAUUAUUAUCGAUCCGGAUCACGUGGAUGAGGUGCUAAAGAUUGAAUUAGAGCAUAUUUAUGAGGAUCCAGUAGAGGAACUAGCUUCUUCUUCACAAAAACCAGUUGAAAAUCCUUCCCAUAUUUCUGUUCUCGACGAUCCUAACGAUACCGACGUACUGGUGCCAAACUUUCCAAGACUUAAUUCUCGGGCGUUCAAUCAACUCAUUGACGCUUGUGCAGGUAUUGGUAGAAUUAAGGACGUUUAUCAAAUACUUCAAUUCAUGAUUUCAAACAAUAUCGAAAUGACCACAGAUACUUUGAACAAAGCAAUUAAGGCCUGUAUUCCUUCUGGAUCAAGCUAUGAAGCUCUAAGACUGUUUGAUAUGAUUAGAGAGAACAGCGGCCUGACUGUGAAACCAGAUAUUGAAACAUGCAAACUUCUGCUCAGAACAUGCUAUGAAGCAAGAGAUGAACAUAGUUACAAAGAUAUCUAUGAGGGAAUGAAGCGUAUGAUUAUCAACAAUGAAACUGGAGUUACAGAAGGCCAAUAUGAAUCGGAAUUGCUGAUGGAUUACUUGACCUGUAAAUGUGCUACUGCUACCAAUGAUAACUGUUCUGAGUGCUUAAAAUUAUUGGAAGAUUUUGAAGCAAAAACGGGAGGAAAGUUAAGCAUCGACUUUUACAACCAAGUCUUACAGGCAUGUGCCAGAGUUGGAGACAAGAAAACAGCUUUGAAAAUUCUUGAAAAAACUCUCAGAGAGUACACUGCCAGCCAAGAGGACACCUCUCAAGAUAAAAAUACCUAUACACUCCCAAACAUGGAUACCUUCAAUGGAGCACUCAAGACAUUAAGCUAUGACGGAGAUUUGAGAACAGGUGAUCUCUACAAGCAUCUCAGAAAAUUAUGUAAAGACAUUUUCAAACCAAAUACUGAAACAUUCAACGCGAUCAUUGCUGCAGAAAUUAAUAGAGGAGACAUUAUGAAAGCAAAGAAAAUCCUCAGAGAAAUGAGAGCACGUGGUUUGAUUCCAAACACAACUACUUUUAACCAAUUAUUCUAUGGAUAUUACAAAACUGACUGGGAACAUCACAUGAAAGAAUUUAGAGAAAAGGAAAGAGCAAGUAUUUUUAAAGCUUAUUAUGAAAAAUGGGAAAAAGAGCAAGCUAAACUUCACAGCAUGCAUGAUGAACAACAACCCACUCUCUCAAAUUCUGACGAUGCACAAAGAGCCAUUGAGGAACUUUUGUUUACCUCUUCAGAACUGAAAUUCGAUAAUCCAGACGAAGAGCAUUCGAACAAGUAA